CCGGCGCGGCUCGUCGUCACUCGUGAGCCGCGUCCGUCGUCCGCGCACGCCCGUGAUCUCCUUAAAUUCCCCCCUCCGGGAAUUAUAAUAACCCCCGGCCGCUUGCUAGUUCUCGCAGGCCAGCGGUGACCGCGGCCACAGGGCACCUCCACCGCGCGACGACGACAACCAUGGCCGUGCCAUCGCGGCUCCUCCUCUGCUCCGCCGUCGUCGCCGUGGCGCUGCUCGUCGCGCCGGGAGAGGUGGCCGCCGCCGCGGGACACGGGCACACGCACACGAGGCGCCUGCGGCCCAAGAAGAGCGCGGCGGCGGCCGCCGCGAAGCUGUACCCGGCGAACGCGACGCGGGCGGAGGCGAUCGAGCGGCAGUUCACGCGGUGGGUGCGCUUCGUGGGCGGCCGCCUCGGCCACGGCACCUACAACUACAACCGGCCGGCGCUCACGCUCCUGCCCGCGCGCACGCUCGUCGUCGACAGGAGGCCGGGCGCCGGGGACUUCACGUCCAUCCAGGCCGCCGUCGACUCGCUCCCGCUCAUCAACCUCGCCCGCGUCGUCAUCAGGGUCAACGCCGGCACGUACACGUACGUACGUGCAUUGCAUUGCAUUGCAUUGCUGGCGCUGCGUCGAAGACGGGUCUCACUUGCUCGGUGCUGCUGCAGGGAGAAGGUGAACAUCUCGCCGAUGCGCGCGUUCGUCACCGUGGAGGGCGCCGGCGCAGACAAGACGGUGGUGCAGUGGGGCGACACGGCGGACACGGCCGGGUCCUGGGGCAGGCCCAUGGGCACGUUCGGCUCCGCCACGUUCGCCGUCAACUCCAUGUUCUUCGUCGCCAAGAACAUCACCUUCAAGCAGAACACGGCCCCUGUGCCGCGGCCCGGCGCUCUGGGCAAGCAGGGGGUGGCGCUGCGGAUAUCGGCGGACAACGCGGCGUUCGUGGGGUGCAACUUCCUGGGCGCGCAGGACACGCUGUACGACCACCUCGGCCGCCACUACUACCGCGACUGCUACAUCGAGGGCUCCGUCGACUUCAUCUUCGGCAACGCGCUCUCCCUCUACGAGGGGUGCCAUGUGCACGCGAUCGCGCGGAACUACGGCGCGCUGACGGCGCAGAACCGGCAGAGCCUGCUGGAGGACACGGGGUUCUCGUUCGUCAAGUGCCGGGUGACGGGGUCCGGCGCGCUGUACCUGGGCCGCGCCUGGGGAACCUUCUCCCGCGUCGUCUUCGCCUACACCUACAUGGACAACAUCAUCAUCCCGCGCGGCUGGUACAACUGGGGCGACCCGACGCGGGAGAUGACGGUGUUCUACGGGCAGUACAAGUGCACGGGGCCGGGCGCGAACUACGCCGGCAGGGUGCAGUGGUCGCGGGAGCUCACCGACGAGGAGGCCAAGCCCUUCAUCUCGCUCGACUUCAUCGACGGCUUCCAGUGGCUCCGGUUGUAGCACGCCACAUUGUUGACACACACACACACACACACCAUGCAUGACCUUAAUUAGUUGAUGUGAAUGAAGAGCAAACAAAAACACAAGGCAAAUACAAAUCCAAUUGUUGGCGCAACUGCGUA